AGAGAGAGAGAGGAGCAGCUCGGUGCAUCAGUCUGCAGACUCUCUACAUUGAGGACUAUUUAUCGUCUGGAUCACCGGAUAUGAAAAGCAGAAACCUUCACAGCCCUCGACUGACUGAAGGGAGCUGGAGGAGAGACAUUAGAGGAACAGGAGACAUUAAUGACUUUCUCUGAGGACUGAACUCAUAGUGGAUUAAACUCAGUGUGUGUGCAGCAUGCAGGGCUCGGAGCUGCGCUACCGGCUGACUCUGGCCUCGGGGAUGUUAGAGUGUCUGUGCUUCGCCGGCGUGGUGUUCGGCUACGCCUCCCUGGUGUUUGUUCUGAAGGAGGAAGGAUACUUCAGCCAGCUGUGUGUCUCCGUCCCCGGCAGCAACAACUCCACCAGCACAGACUGUAGUGGACAGGAUGAGCAGUUCUCUCUGGUCUUCACCAUCGCCUCCUUCCUCAACAACUUCCUGAAUAUCGUCAACGGAUACCUGUUUGAUCGAUUCGGCACCAUGGUAACCAGGCUGCUGGGAAUAUCUUUGUACACAACAGGAACCCUUCUAGUGGCCUUCUCUAGUGCAGCGUUUUCAGAGCUGCUGUUUCCUGCCUUGGCCUGCAUCGCCGUGGGAGGAAUCCUGCUGCUUCUAACCAACAUGCAGGUGGGGAACCUGUUUGCUGCUCACCGCUCCACCAUCAUCACCCUGUACAACGGAGCUUUUGACUCGUCUGCUGCCGUGUUUCUGGUCAUUAAGGUUCUACAUGAACAUGGAGUCUCCCUCCGCUCCUCCCUCCUGGUCUUGUCCUUGUGCAGCAUCAUCCACCUGUUGAGGACCUUCCUGCUGAUGCCCCGGACCCACAUCCCGUACCCUCUGCCCCAGUGCUACACCUACGGGUUGAAUUGUGGCGAGGCCAACACUUACAAUGUGGAGCAGUUUGAGAGGAUGAGGGAAGGAGCAUCACAGGAGUCUGGAGGGAAGAACAACAUGCAACCAGCAGUUGAGGACGGGACGGAGCCCCAAGACUCAGAAAAAGUGGCGAGUUUCCGGAGCUGUGUGCUGUCCUGGUUCUUCCUGUGGCACAUGUUGUGGUUGUCCAUCAUGCAGCUGAGGCAUUACCUCUUUAUCGGCACGCUCAACCCCAUGCUCAACCGGCUGGCCAACCACGACGCCAACCUGGUGAGUCAGUACACUAAUGCGUUCGCCGUGACUCAGCUGUGUGGAGUUCUGUGUGCUCCGUGGAACGGACUCAUCAUGGACAGACACAAAGGGAAACCUCUGGCUCCUGGAGAAACGGCGCAGCAGGCCGACCUGAACUCCUCCUCCCUCUCGCUGCUCCUCACCUCCCUGCAGUGCCUCCUGUUCUCCCUCUGCGCCUCCGUUCCUCUCCUCCCUCUGCAGUACCUCACCUUCAUCCUACAAGUCCUCAACCGCUCCUUCCUCUACGGGGGAAACGCAGCGUUCAUUAGCAUCGCUUUUCCAGCAUGCCACUUUGGGAAGCUGUACGGUCUGGUGAUGUCCCUGUCGGCCAUCAUCUCCCUGCUGCAGUACCCCUGCUUCGCUCUGGUCAAAGGACCUCUGGGGGGAGACCCCUUCUAUGUGGACGUUGGUCUGACCGUCCUCAGUCUGCUGGCGUUUAUUCAUCCUGUUUACAUCUUCGUCCACUGCAGGAGAGUCGCUCGCCACCAAGAGGACGACGCCCACUCUGACAUCACUAAUGGCUCCAAAAUGGCCGAAGCAAAGUUAUAGUAAUAGGGAGAAUCAUAAGUGUUCUUGUCUGUAUCACUUUUUAGGUUUUCUUAGAGGAAAAAACAGAUUUUUUAAGUAGUAUAUAUAGAGUACAAUAUUUUGUAUUACUUUUUUUUUUUUUUUUUUUUUUUACAUAAAAGUGCACUGAUAUAAUUUUAAAUGUUUGUUAUAAAGUGUGUCAAAUGAUUUGUAUAACUUAAAUGGUGUUUAGUUUAAUAAAAAAAUGUGUUUAUAUAAUUGUUUUUAUUUAAAAAAGUAUGUGACAGGAAUAUUUACAUUACAGUGAGACGUCAAACGCAGAAAAGUUGUUCUGCACGUACAUAAAUAUGCAAGAAAAGACAGUUUAAGACAAGACAGACAUUGUG